AUGGUGUUAGUUGCUUCUUCUAGGAUAAGCUUGCGAAGCAUUCAGUCCAGCUGUUGCGUUAGCAGGCAUGCUGCAUGGACAGCACCACUUCAGGCUCAGCCGCGAGCUGUCAGAACAAUGUUGAGGAGGAGCACUGGCGCGAGGGCAUCUUUUUGCGACGGCAGCGAAACGGUAGCACGGGAGGGAGACAUGGUGAAUGUGAAAUUCAUGUGCAAGACACUGGAUGGUGAGGUGCUUCAUGCAUCUGGUGAUGAUGACGUUUUGACCUUUGAAGUCGGUGCUGGGAACUUCGUUGGCAAUCCUCUCUUCAAGGAAGAUGGAGGGGAGCGCCGCGGGUCCGAGAAUGCCGGACCGAAGAUUCUGUCGCUAGAGGAGCUGCAGCUAAAAGCCAAGCAGCAGUGGAGCCGCCACUUCCCUUGGCUCAUCAUCGGUGACACCGCCGAAGGUCGACCUUGCAUGAGGUGCAAGAUCUGCAUGGUGUACGCAGAUCCUGAGUCACAGUACGACGCUCGGGGCGAGGGAGGCAUCGACAUACAGAAGCAGACGAUGAGGAAGCAUCAGUGGAGCAUCCGGCACCGGGAGGCGAAGGACCGAUUGGAGCAGCGUGAAGCCCCGCAGAAGAGGCGGGCAUCUAUCUCCAACUUUGGAGAUAAGAGUAUGGUUUCAAGCAGUUGGUCGAAACGCUGGGAGGCUCUGGCUGCUAAGGAUGCGGCUGAAGAAUUUCCCGAGUUCAAUGUCGUCGACAAAGUCGUCCGGUCUUUCGCGGACAUUCUCGGCCGCAGCAUAGUGCAGCAUGCGCGAUUCAAGAAGCUGCAGGAGUUCAUCACAGAGACCAACCUGGAGAUGCAAGGCAUUAAGGACGUCCGCUGGUUGUCGCGCGGGGACGCCAUCCAGCGCUUUGCAGACGUCCUGCCUGCUGCCGUUGUCCUGCUGCAUGAGUACGACAAGACAACGUACACUCUUGUUACCAGUCUCAAGUUUCAGUUUUUCCUCUUCUUUCUGGUUGACGUGCUUCAGGAGCUGAACAGCCUGAAUCUCAAGUUCCAGCGACGACAGCUUGAUGCGACGCAGGUUCGGCCGAUGGUGCAGCACACCACGUUGAUCUUGACAAGUCGCUAUGUGGAGUACGGCUCCACCUUCGGCGACAACAGUGGUCGUCUUGCGACGUUCCUGAAGAACCACGGGAGCACUGAGCAAUGCAAAGUGAAGGUCGAAAGCAUCGACACCGCGGGAGAACCCGUGACUCACACCUACUUGCUGCACGAGGACCUGAUCGGGAAGGAGAAGUUUGGGGGCGACCUGGCGUCGUGCGUGGAGGCAGCAUCUAAGUUCGCUGGGAGGACUGUGUUCUUCAUUGAGGAUCGCAUGAAGAGUCUCAAGUCGUUGGACGGGGCCCGUCUGUUUCGGCAGGGACGGUACUCUCGUUCGCGCGCUAAGAGAGCGCGUCGUUUUCCCGAAUGGCUCGAGUCGCUGCGCAACCUGUUCAAGAAGAAGCCCAACCAUCCAGACACCCUCCCCGGUAAGCGGUUUGUUUCAAACCUGCGUUUUUACUUGUUGCGUUAUUGCUGCCGUGCCAAGAAUUGA